UAAAUAAAUGGAAGACUAUUCAAACAAGAGUUCGGACUACCAAGUUAGCGAAGCUGGCCAGUCAGAGCCUAAUUUCGAGCAUGUAUGGAAGAAGAACGACAGAAAGGCUCAAAAGAACGGACCUCAUAGGAGCAUCUACUGGGUAAAGAAGAACACUAAGCUCAACACUGAUAAGGGUGCUCGAGAACCAGUCUCGUCUCUUCAGACGAAAUGGGUCUCCAGCAGCAGAUACAUCGGAGAUUGGAAGGAAAACACCAAGGAAGGAUUUGGCAUCCAAAUCUACAAAAAUAAGGAUAAGUACGAAGGCCUCUGGGCUAACAACAUGAGGCAUGGCCAAGGCACAUACUGGAGAAAUGAGGCUGGCAAGCUCAAGAGAGAGUAUACCGGCGACUGGUUUGAAGACAAGAAGCACGGUAGAGGUACCUUCUUUUAUAAGAACGGUGACCGGUACGACGGAUUCUGGGUCAACGGCAAACCACAAGGAGAAGGUCGGAUUAUAUACGAAAGCCAGGAUAUUUAUGAAGGUCAAUGGCACGAAGGCAAGAAGAGCGGUUAUGGUGUCCUCGUUAAGAAAAAUGGUGACCAUUUUGAAGGGCACUGGGUCAAUGAUAAGAAAGAAGGCCAAGGAAGUUACCUAUUUUCAGAGAAAAAUAAACUGUUUGUAGGAGAAUGGGUCGAUGAUAACCCAAAAUGUGGAAUUUAUACAGAAGUUGAAGAUAAAGAGGCACCUGUGGGCAAUGAUAGACCUCAUUUUAUGGAUGAUUAUCAAAUGCCAAAACUUCCUUCUAUUAAAUUAGAAAACCCAACUGAAAUUCUUGAGAAAGCAAUGGGUAGAACAAAGAAGGAAAGAGCUAGAUAUAGAGCUCAGUAUAUUCCUCUAGAUGAGAUGUUCACUAAUCAAGAGCUUGAAGAUCUGCAACAAGCAUUUGAUUCCGUUGCUCAGGGAGAAUCUGAAGUGAACAUGCUUACCCUAAAGACACUUUUCUCUGACAUUGGUAUCUUCCCAUCAGACGAAAUGCUCAAUGAUCUGCUCAAGAGUCUUGGAAAAGAAAUUGACGAUGAUGAAAUUAGUUUUGAACUCUACGCCAGAUCAGUUGCAUUACUGCUUGAAGAAAAUCACCAUAUGGAUGAUAAUAGCGAUGCAAAUCCUGGAGUUGAGAAGGAAUCCCCAAUGAAGUCUGCCCAUGAAUCUGAUAUUAACAUGGGAGAUUAUCAGCAAGAGUAUUCGCAGGAAUAUGAUGAAAUGUAA